CGUGAUGGACAUACAGAACGAGAAGCAUCAUGUUUUCAACAUCAGGUUGGCGAAUCUCACUGGUUUAUAUCAAAUUUUAGAUCCCGGAGCCUUAAAAUGUCGAGGUCGAAACGUAUAUCAAUUUUUCGUUGCGUUCAUUGCGUUGUACUUGUUAGUCAUAUCGAUGGUGUUGUUUGUCGACUGUUUGCAUUUAUCGACUUAUAAUAUGUCUACGAGCUUAUUGGACUUUUUGGUAACAACAAAUUCAUUUUACGCGUGCUACAAGAUGUGGAUUGUCAUUUACCGUUCGAACGAAAUAUGGGACUGUCUUUCAAUCACGCGGUAUGGUUUUACGUCGUUGGGCAACCGGAAGCUGACCGGACAUAACAUACUGGAUCAUUGGCGAGCGUGUUCGGUCUGGUACACCAGCUUGUUAGCCGUCGCGUAUUUUUUGACGAUGGUAAUGUACGUGGGAUGUCCUCUGGCUUUCAGCGACACUAUAAUACCGAUCAAAAAUUACGACGGUUCGAUCGGAAAUUACCGUCGAAACGUUUUAAAUUUAUAUUUUUUCGCAUCAGACAAGACGUACAACGAAUACUACAAUACGUUUUUCGUCAUCGAGGCGUUGUUUAUUGCUGGUUUAGUUAUAAUUUACUUAUUGUUCGACAUACUUUUGGUGACACUGUGCUUGGGAAUAUGCUGUCAGAUACAAAUGAUUUGCUCUGCCUUCGAAUCGAUUUACCAUAGUUCACCUAGUGAUCUUCAUUCCUUUGAAAUUGAUAACAACGAUGAAAAACAGAUUAUAUCCAACGAACGUGAUUUAAUAUAUGAUCAAUUAAUAACAAUUAUAAUAAACCAUCAAGCAGUUAUUAACAACAAACUCAUUUUACGCGUGCUACAAGAUGUGGAUCGUCAUUUACCGUUCGAACGACAUUUGGGACUGCCUUUCAAUCACGAGGUACGAUUUUACGUCGCUAAGCAACAGGAAGCGAAUCGGACAUGGCAUACUGGAUCGUUGGCGGGCGCGUUCGGUCUGGUACACCAGCUUGUUGGCCGGCUUGUAUUUUUCGACGAUGGUAAUUUACAUGGGAAUUUCUCUGGCAUUCUGUAA